UGGAAGCUCCGCACCACUUUCCAUCUCUUCCCUCCGCACUGCGAUUCCGCGAGGUGGCGGCUCACGUUGCGGACGCUAAAAACUCGAGCCCACACUUCUUUGGACGCGGCGGGUUCGCGAGGGCACGGAGACGUGUGGGAAAGGUUUGGACCGAGCAGACGCCAAAUGCCCGAGACCCGCGGCCGCUGCCCCCGGUCCCGAUGGGGAGGAGGACGAGCAGAGCAGCAGUGAUGGGACAGUUUUCCGGAGGAUGCUACUUGAGUUUGGGCAUCCUUGUGCUUCUAGGUUUGCAAGUUGGGACCACCUCAGCCAGAGGUCCCAGAGGUGAAUCUCUCCAGCAUGGCCAGUCCGGGACCCUACCCCACUUCCUGGAGGAGCCUGUUGACGCUUACAUCGUCAAGAGUAACCCCAUCAAGCUCCGGUGUCAAGCACGACCCGCUCUUCAAAUCUUCUUCAAAUGCAAUGGUGAAUGGGUCCAUCAGAGCCAGCACAUGUCUCAAGAGCACACUGAUCUGGGGACAGGGCUGAAGAUCCGCGAGGUGAUGAUCAACGUGUCCCGUCAGCAGGUGGAGGACUUUCAUGGUCCGGAGGAUUACUGGUGUCUAUGUGUUGCCUGGAGUCACCUGGGAACGUCCAAGAGCCGCAAGGCAACUGUCCGGAUCGCAUACCUAAGGAAGAACUUUGAGCAGGACCCCCAAGGCACUGAGGUGCCUCUGAAUGGCAUGAUUGUGUUGCACUGUCGUCCCCCAGAGGGAGUGCCCGUGGCUGAGGUGGAAUGGCUGAAAAACGAUGAGGUUAUAAGCUCAGAGGGUGUCGUUGAUACAAGAGGCGACCAUAAUCUUAUCAUCCCAGAGGCUCGACUGUCUGACUCGGGGAACUAUACUUGCGUUGCCAGCAACAUUGUGGCCAAGAGACGCAGUGCCACAGCAACUGUUGUUGUUUAUGUGAAUGGAGGUUGGUCAUCGUGGACAGACUGGUCACCCUGUAAUGUACGCUGUGGUCGUGGCGUGCAGAAACGUUCCCGCACUUGCACGAAUCCUGCUCCUCUCAAUGGGGGAGCCUUCUGUGAGGGCAUGUCAGUACAGAAAAGCACCUGCAACACUCUGUGUCCAGUGGACGGCAGCUGGGGAGAGUGGAGCGAGUGGACGGUGUGUAGCGCAGACUGUGAAAGGCAGCGAACCAGAGAGUGCACGGCUCCAGAGCCCAAACAUGGAGGGCGACUGUGUGAUGGCGUGGCAGUGGCCGCAGACAACUGCACCGGCGGCUUGUGCACACAGAAUCGAAAACUGUUACAUGAUCCAAAGCCACAGGGUGUUGAGAACAGCAGUGAUGUGGCCUUGUAUUCGGGCCUCGCUGCAGGUGUGGUGACAGUGGUGUUGCUGAUUAUUGCUGUCACCCUGUACCGAAGGAGCCAGAGUGAGUAUGGUGUCGAUGUUAUCGACUCCUCGGCCCUAACUGGGGGCUUCCAGUCCUUCAGCUUCAAGACAUCUCGACAAGCAAACCCUCUGUUGAUAAAUUCAUCCAUGCAGCCUGAUCUGACAGUGUCACGUACCUACACCAGCCCCAUGUGCUUUCAGGACUCCAUCGACAAAGAGCUGAUGGCCGAGCGCUCGCUUCUUGACCCCUUGCCCGAUCUCCAGGUCAAAGGGGUGGCAGAAAGAGCAGAAUACCACGUCAUGUCCCACCCUCAGACAUUUCCGAGGGGUUUAGCUCCAGACUAUAGAGGGGUUGCAGUUGGGACGACACUAGGCAGAAGAGGAAAGAACCUGUUCACCCCACAAGUCUCACUGACUCUCAACAGGCCUCUCCACAAAGCUACAGCAGUGUUUGGGCAUGCAGGAGGCAAGCUGGUGGUGCCUAACACAGGUAUUAGUCUGUUGGUGCCUCAUGGAGGGAUCGCAGAAGACACUACCUGGGAAAUGUACAUGAUCAUCAACCAGGAGGACAGCAGUACUCUGUCUGAUGAUGGGUCUGAGAUCUUCUUGAGUCCAGCAGUCACAUAUGGCCCACCAGGCCUGGACCUGUCCUGUCCCAUUGCCAUGACCAUAGCACAUUGUGCUGAGGUUUCUGCUGAUAACUGGACCAUCCGGCUAAAGAGACACAUGCAGGACAACAAAUGGGAGGAAGUGAUGUCCGUGGAUGAGGAGAGCACUUCCUGUUACUGUCUCCUGGCGGCUCAGCGGUGUCAUGUGCUGUUGGAGCAGCCGGGUCGCUACGCCCUGGUGGGGGAGCUGCUGAACCAGGAGGCUGCAAAGCGACUGAGACUGGCUGUGUUUGGCAGUCCAGAUCCCAGCAACGCUCUGGGCUUCACCCUCAGGGUCUACUGCGUGGAUGACACGCCCCAUGCAUUUCAGGAGGUGGCAGUAACUGAGCGCAGCAGGGGCGGGCGGCUGCUGGAGGAGCCUAAAAUGAUGCUGUUCAGGGGGAACACUUUCAGCCUCCAGGUGUCCAUCCAGGACGUCCCACAGUUACUCUGGAGCAUCAAGCCUUUCACCACCUGCCAGGAGUUCUCCUUUACUCAGGUGUGGGCCAGUAACCAGCAUCCCCUGCAGUGUGCCUUCUCUUUGGAGCGAUACAGCCACUCCUCGUCUCAGCUCUCCUGCAAGAUCAGUGUCCGACAGGUCAAAGGCGAGGAGCAGAUACUGCAGAUCUAUACAUCUGUGGUGGAGAAUGAAAAGGGAGUGGUUCCUUUUUUCACUCAGUCGGACUGUACCAUCACCUCUCAGACAGGGUCAAGGGCCUUUAAAAUCCCCCUGUCCAUCCGUCAGCGGAUUAGCGCCACUUUUGACACCACUAAUGCCAAGGGGAAGGACUGGCAGCUCCUGGCUCAAAAGCUCCACAUAGACAGGAACCUGUGCUACUUUGCCUGUCAGGAGAGCCCAUCAUCAGUCAUUCUGAGUCUUUGGGAAGCCCAGCACCAGGACUCAGGAGACCUGGACUCUCUGGCCAGUGCCCUCGAGGAAAUUGGCAAAGUCCAGUCCUCCAGGACCGCCACUUUUGGCUGCAAUGAAGAAGAGCUGGACUCUGAAUUCACUCAACUUGGGUAGGGCAGUGGUCCUGCAUCCUGCAGAUCACGAUGAACCUUUCCUGCAUGACCACUGGUGAUCUGGUGUACUAGCUAAAAUACAAUGAGGAGAGGGGGUGCAGAAGGACACCAGGGAAGCUCUGUAUUGGACUGUUAUUAACGGGACACCUCUGUUAAAAUAAAGGGUACAUGCAGACAGACAGAAACAAAUGAGAAAAAAGCUAAUAAAUGAGGAACAAAUGGAGAGAGACUUCAGUUUUCUGUUGCAACACACCAACAAACCAUUUUGAAAAAGGGAUAUAAGCUCUCACCCUAUCUUUGACUGAGAAGCAUCAGCUCCUGACAAGAUCGAUUUCAGUAACCUGUAUUCAAGGAUUAUGGAUAUCUGUGUUAGAGGACUCUGCACAUAAGAUUGAGUAUGUUUUCGACAGACUGCCAAUCAAUCAUGCCGUGUUGUGACCUUGCCAGGAUAGGCCAUGCUGGGUACUUGCCCUCCGACAGUCCUCUCUGCUGUCAAAAGAUUCAGUGUAAUGUCAUCCUUUUGCCCUUUUUCUGGUAUUCUACGCCACCUCUAAGAUGACUGUUUGGUUAGGUGAAAAACAGGAAGGAGUAUUGGAUCGAUGUUGGCAAACAGUUUGUCGACUCUUUAAGGCCAGAAUCCUGAAUCACAUAGUGAUGACUUUGUGAUUAUUUCCACUGAUUUUUAGAGAAUCUGUUGAUUUACAAAUGUUAAAAAGGAACAUAAUGAUGUGCUAGAGAAGCUUUCAUGGUGUUAAAUUGGCAUAAAUUUCGUGGAUUCAAUCAAUAUGUUAAAAAAUCACUACCAUAUAAUGUGCAGCAUCCUGUUUCAGCCCCACGGUCAGCACAUGUUGUCAAUGCAAAAGCAGCAUAACAUGAUAAAUCAUACAAGACAGUCAGUGGAAACAUUUAAAACCCACCACACUGUUAUGGUUGAUGACUCAGUGUGCACUUUUUGGACACCGUGGGGCUGAAUUUUAUUUGACUUUGCCAUUUGAUUUUAACUCUUCUUAAUGUGUGGCUUGACUGGAACUGCCUUUUUUCAGAUUGCAUUUUACAACAGACACCUGGACAGCAUUACUUGGAGAACGGUCCACUCUCACUCAAUCUUCUCUGUUUUUUAAAAUUUUUCCUCCCAGGCAGAGCCAGCAUCCACUUGAACAAAGAUAUCCUAACUAGGAAUAUCCCUCUAUUAAUUUGCUCCACCUGUCCCUAAACUUAAUAAAGUGACUUUGUGUUGAACUCUGUGUUGGUUCUCUCUUUUCAUCUGCUUAAUGAAUUCAACUCUUGGCCACACAUCCCGUACAUACAAUGGACAAAUCAGCUGCAGUCAAUCGCUGAAAAAAAAAAAAUGUAUUCAGCAGAGAGAUGAAACAGAGACCCAUGCAAAGUCCAAUUUGUAGAGAGAUGUAAAAGCAAUGUAAGCACUUGUUAAGACUUUGAUUUGCCGAUCAUUGCCAAUUUACGAUGUUGAUGUUAAAUUGUGAAGCUGUUUUAACCGCAACAAAAAGGAAAUCUAGCUUGGACUGAAGUAGUUCUUAAAAAAAAAAAAAAAAAAAAAUUCCCAUUGAGACAUAACGUAUCUUGCAAGAGAUGUGAUUUAUAUGUGAAAGAGGCUUCAAUGUAUCGUAUCUGUCUCUGGGUUCUUAACGUGAUCAAAUUUGCAGACCGUACAGAGUGUUAACUCUUUGGAUUGGCCUAGCUCUUGUAAGGGGGAACUUUCUUAAAACUACUUGAAU